CCGAGCAGGCAGAGGACCGACCCACUUCUCCCCGCCUCCCACCCUUCCCCCCUUUCUCUCUCAGAGACCAAUGGUGUAUGUACAACGUAAACCAUUCCCGGCGAGAUCCAAGCACUUCUCCACACGACUUUCGCAAUCACAGAACUCGCCAAGACGACAGGGAACACGACGACAACGACGGCGAUGAACAUAGGAGCGAUGGACAUGAUGACGACGAAGAAGACACUGCAAACGACAAAUUAACGAAGAAGACGACAACAAAGGCGGAGAAUACUGAGCAGGAUAUGGGGGAAAACAGAGAGGCGGGAGGGGAGGACACGGAGGGUAUGGAGCAUAGGGAGGAGGAUAUGGAGACGAACCAUUCGGGAUGGGUUCAUAUGGAGGAGGAGGAAAAGUGGGAGGAAAAUGUGGGUAGUACGGAGAAGGAGAAUACGGGGAAGGAGAAACUGGGGGAGGAUAAUAUGGUGAGGGAGGGUACGGGAAAGGAGAAAAUGGAGAAGGAGAAUACGGGGAAGGGUAAUAUGGGGGAUAAUAUGGAGGAGGAUAUGGAUAAGGAAAAUAGGGAGGAAUCAGAGGAGGGGGGAAUGGACAAGGAGGAUACGGAGCAGGAGGACAUGGAGGUCCGGGAGGAGAGGGAUGGGGAGCAGGAGGACAUGGGGGAGAAGGCUUCGGCGAUGGAGGAGGACAUGGAUGUGGAGGGGGCGGAGAAGGAUGUGGCGGGGGAGGAGGAGGAUGCGUUGGGGGAGAGGACCCAGAAACUGCUGGAGAAGGUUCUAGAGGUGCAGAAGGACGAAAACGCGGAGGAGGAGACGGGUCCUCGUCUACACGAAGCAUUCUUCGGAACAUGCGAAGAAGUUCAUCUUCUUCCAUGUUGCCUUCACGAGCCAUCCUAUGAAGAAUACCAUGCGAAUCUGCGCCAGCUUCAUGGAGCGCAGCCAUCUCAGAUCUGGAUCUGGCCGCUGGAGGCAUAGUAGAGAAUGACGCCUCUGCCUGUUCAUCGACGAAAACCAUCGGUCUUGUCGUGAAGGAUUCCCUCCCUUCGUCUCGUAUACUGCUGGCUCCUCCCGAACGGUGAUACUCCCCACCCCCCGUUUUGCUUACUUGUCUCUCCAGAAAGAGCGUACUGCUGCUGCCGCUGUCGCUGCCGCAGGAUUGGUUUACUAGAUGCCUUCGGCUUC